AAAAAAAAUGCCAGAUGACCACCUGUAUAAAAUGUAACUUUUGUGUCCUCUCAGGAAUAAAAUUCAUAGUGCUGGCAGACCCGCGACAAGCCAGCAUUGAUGCUCUCCUCAGGAAAAUAUAUGAGAUCUAUGCAGAUUUUGCUCUAAAGAAUCCAUUCUACUCACUCGAGAUGCCUAUCAGAUGUGAACUAUUUGAUCAGAACUUAAAAAGCGCCCUGGAGAUUGCAGAGAAGGCUGGCAACUUUGGAGCUGGGUCAUGAAGCAGAAAAUAAUCAUUUUUUAGUUCUUGUUCAUUUAUAAAAAAAU